UUCAGGAGUUAAUCUUUGCUCCACUGGUGUGGAGUUAUCAGUGAAUUAGAGGAUAUGGUGAGUAGAGGUCGUUGAGACAAAGUGAAAUGUUGUGUUCCAUCGCUCAAUAUGAGAAUAUAUUUUCUUGCUACAAACAAGGAAAAAAUGAUUUCGAUAGAGCCAAAACCCGAAAAAUGGGAGAGAAUAACGCUGAUACCACAUCUGAGUGCGUAGCCGAAUCCCAGAUAUCCCAAGGGUGCGAUGGACCACCACAGAUACAGAAGAGAAACUACCAAUCUUUAUAUGAGGGAACCACGACAGAGACAGAGAAACCGAUUAAGAAGCACAAGAAGGUGAAAGUGAGCGAUCACACGGUAAAGAACCCUGUCUCUAUCUUGAACGAAAUGUACAAAGGGCUCAAGUACAACUUCAUCCAACAAAAGGGCCCAUCCAACAACCCCAUCUUUACCGUUGAAGUUGAGCUCAAUGGUGAGAAAUACCAAAGCCAAGGCAGGUCCAAGUCGUUGGCCAAACAUCGCGUAGCCAAGAAGAUUCUGGAGAUUCUAGAUCCUGCAAAAUUCUGCAAGGAUGACGUUGACAGCGGCUUUGGAUCUGAAGGAAACGGAAGUAUUGGAGGCGAGGAUUGUAGCGAACAAAACCCCGUGUCUGUCCUGAAUGAACUACGUUCCGGCCUGAAAUACGUAGUCAUGGAGCAGCACGGACCAUCGCACGCUCCAACAUUCAAAAUCUCGGUUGAAGUGGACGGACAACAGUAUUUCGGCGUUGGUAGAUCGAAGAAGCUGGCCAAGUGCGCGGCCGCCGAGGAGGCUCUGAAAUCCUUCAUACAGUUCCAGAACAAUAAGAGGCUAAAGAGAGGCCCCGACAGCACCAAUUGCGACUUCAGCCUGGACCAGUUUGAAACGAAAAAGAAACCGGCCAAAAAACUGACCCCAGAACAGAAAGGCCCCGUCAUGCAGUUGAACGAGGCCUUUCCAAACGCUGAGUACGAGUGUAUCGACACCGAGCGAGAUCUCCAGUUCAGAUAUGAGGUCACAGUUCAGAUAAACGGCAGAAAAUUCUCUGGUACAGGCUCAAGCAAAAAAUUCGCAAAGAAGGCUGCUGCGUCAACGGCCUUGAUGGCACUCUUAGAUAUACACACUCCGGUCAUUAACAACACAUCACCAGGUAUAAGAAGGACUAACAUAUCUGCUCAGGAGCAGGAAAAGGCGGAUCACAUUGGAAGGUUGGUUAACGAAAAAUUUAUGAAUCUGAUGGCCGACGAUCUCAUGCACGCGAAGCGAAAGGUACUCGCUGGCGUCGUACAAAUGAAAGGCGAAGAUCUUUCUAGCGCGAAAGUCAUAGCUAUCACCACCGGCACCAAGUGCAUCUCGGGCAGCUACAUGAGCAUGAACGGCACUGCACUGAACGAUCUACAUGCCGAGAUCGCUGCUCGACGAUGCCUCAUAUCGUACCUGUACGAUCAGCUGACGCUGUUGCUUUCGCCAGAAACCGCUGAAGAAUCCAUAUUUACCGGUGACGGUAAAGAUUUCUACCACCUGAAGCCCGAAAUCGAGUUCCACCUGUAUAUUAACACAGCACCUUGUGGAGAUGCUCGAAUAUUCAGUCCCCAUGAGGACGCAAUAGGAGGAGACAAACAUCCUAACAGAAUAUCCAGAGGACAGUUGAGGACAAAGAUUGAAUCCGGAGAAGGAACCAUACCAGUAAAGUCUCAUUCACCGGUUCAGACUUGGGAUGGAGUUUUACAGGGUGAGAGAUUACUCACAAUGUCUUGUUCAGAUAAAAUAUGUAAGUGGAAUGUCUUGGGAAUACAGGGAUCUUUAUUAUCUAACCUCAUCCAACCGAUAUACUUCAAAAGUGUAGUCUUGGGCAGUCUGCUACACGAAACACAUUUGUACAGGGCUAUUUACGGACGAAUAGAGAACGCCCUUCAAGGGCUGCCGCCACCGUUCAUGUUGAAUAGGCCGCCGGCGUAUCUCAUAACCUCAACGGAAGUGCGGUAUCCCACGAAGGCGCCUAGCUUCGCUGUGAUCUGGGUAUACGGCGACGCCAAAGUCGAGAUUGUGAACACGGAAAAUGGCAAAUUGGAGGGCGGCGGCAUAUCAAAGCUCUGCAAGAACACGCUGAUGUUGAAGUACCACAAUCUGGCCGUGAAUUUGCCGCUUGAGAACUCGUUGCCGAACUACCAGUCGAAAGUCUACUGCGAAGCGAAACUGGCCAAUGAAAGUUACCUGGUGGCGAGGAGAGCCCUGUACCAAUCAUUCCAAAAGGCGGGGCUAGGCAAUUGGGUAACGAAACCUAUCGAGCAGGAUAUGUUUCAAUUACCGGAACCCAGCCCCGAAAUAAAGGAUGAGAGCGGAGAACCCGCGGAAGCCGCGUUUCAAUUUUAAACCAUACAGGGUAUUUAAGGUCAACCGUAAAUCCCUUUUCCGAUUAGGUUAGAUAAUGUCCCAGAUUUUGUCAUUUAUUUUUUUUCUGACUUUAAUGAUUAUUAACCUGUCUUAAGUGUACAAUAUUGUUUCUGUGAUUUAUUAAAGUAUUGCAUUAUC